AUGAACCACUUUCCAAAUGACUGGGGAAAACCUCAACCAAAAAAUCAUACUCAGCAACCAAUUAUCACAGGCUCGUCAGUAAUAGCCUUUAAAUACAAGGAUGGUGUUAUGAUGGCUGCUGAUAAUUUGGUUUCUUUUGGACGCACUUCUCGCUAUCGGGAAAUCGAACGUUUGUACCCAGUGGGCGAAUAUACUGUGCUUGGUGCAUCCGGAGAUAUCUCAGACUUUCAACAUGUUAAACAUAUGCUUGAUAAAAUAAUCACUAAAGAGUAUUACACAAAUGACGGCCAUGUACUCGGAGCACCACACAUCUAUGAAUAUUUGAGCCGAGUUAUGUAUCAUCGCCGGUCAGAAUUAAAUCCCCUUUGGAAUUAUUUUGUCGUUGGCGGAUAUCAUAAUGGUGAAGGAUACUUGGGAUACGUGGAUCUUUUCGGAAACACUUAUCAAUCAUCAUCAAUUGCUACAGGAUUUGGCAUGUAUUUGGCUACACCGAUAUUGCGUAAAGCAGUUGAAGGAAACGAACAUACACUUACUGAGGCGCAGGCCGUUGAAAUUACGGAUCAGAUCAUGAAAGUAUUAUUUUGUCGAGAUGCCAAGGCUACGAACAAGUUUCAACGUGCAAAAAUUACUGCACAAGGUGUAGAAAUAUCUGCACCAAUAUCGGUGCAACCUGAAUGGAACUAUGGAAAAGAUAUCAGAGGUUAUAGUUAA